GCGCAGAUCUGCUCGUUCAGCCUCCCCGCUCUCCAACCUUCUGUUCGUCCGCCACCGUCAUCCCCACCAUGGCUUCUGAAGUCCCCAAGAUGGAAUACCGCCACCUCGGCAACUCGGGUCUGAAGGUCUCCGUGCUCUCGCUCGGUGGCUGGCUCACCUAUGGUGGCUCGGUCCAGGAAGAGGCCGCCCUCGAAUGCAUGCGAGUUGCCUACGAGAACGGCGUCAACUUCUUUGACAACGCUGAGGCGUAUGCCUCUGGCAAGUCCGAGGAGCUCUUUGGCAAGGCUUUCCAAAAGUUUGGCUGGGAUCGCUCGACCUACAUCGUCAGCACCAAGAUCUUCUGGGGUGGCGAAGGUGUCAACCAGCGUGGUCUGAGCCGCAAGCACAUCAUCGAGGGCACCAACGCUGCUCUCAAGCGCCUCGGCCUGGACUAUGUCGACCUGAUCUUUGCCCAUCGCCCGGACACCUCAACUCCCAUGGAGGAAGUCGUUCGUGCCUUCAACUGGGUCAUCGACCAAGGCAAGGCUUUCUACUGGGGCACCUCGGAGUGGUCUGCUGAGCAGAUCACCGAUGCCCAUCGUAUUGCCGAGAAGCUCGGUCUGAUCGGUCCUCUGAUGGAGCAGCCUCAGUACCACAUGUUCCACCGCGAGAGAUUCGAGGUCGAGUACGCUCCUCUCUAUCAGAAGUACGGUCUGGGCACCACCAUCUGGUCCCCUCUUGCCUCGGGCAUCCUCACGGGCAAGUACAGCAAGGGCGUCCCCGAGGACUCGCGCCUCAACCUCCAGACUGAAAUGGGCAAGUACCUCCGCAACGAGUACUUGGAAUCCGAAAAGGGCCGCCAGAACAUCCAAAAGGCGAUCAGCCUUGAGCCCAUUGCCAAGAAGAUCGGUGCCUCGCUCAGCCAGCUUGCCAUCGCCUGGUGCAUCAAAAACUCCAACGUUUCUACUGUCAUCAUGGGCGCCAGCAAGUUUGUGCCUCUCUUGACCGACGAGAUUAUUGCCGAGAUCGAAGCUGUGCUUGACAACAAGCCCAAGCCCACUCCCAACCUCCGCUAAUGGGCCGCACUUUCUCGCCCAAACACCUCCGACUCGGUGCGAGGGUGCUGCCUCGGUUGUCAUCCAGCCACGGUGUACUUUCGGGAGGUGCUCUGGCAGCGCUGCUGAUUUCCGAGUAUCUUCUCCCCUCCCUGUCCGCGAGCUCUUGGCCAGAUAUCCAGCCAGGAAGUAGCUAGCUCGCGUGUACUCUCCGUCGGUAUCGCAAUAUACUCAGCGCCGUCCAUGGGAACGGUGUGUCGUAUAGCAGCA